GCAUUUAAAAAGGAGGCAAUACUAUCAACGCAGCGAAUCCACGAAUAAAACUCAUCAUGUUUUGAAAAAGGCGCCGAGAUGACGUGAUUCAGAUGUGCGUGUGGUGACGCGUCAUGUAAAGCGCGACGAGCGAAAAUCAGUGGAUAGAGAUGGCUCCGUCUCCAACUAAGAGGAAGGACCGCUCUGAUGAUAAGCCCAAAGAACGAGGGAAGGACAAAGCAGGCACAAAGGAGAAUGCUGAAAAGGAAAGGGGCCGGGAGAAGGCCCGCAAACGCCGAAGCGCUUCUAGUGGCAGCAGUAGCUCCAGCUCCAGCAGCAGCUCGGCAUCUAGUUCUGGCUCAUCGAGUGGCUCCAGUUCAUCCUCUGCUUCCAGUCGCUCUGGCUCUUCCAGCUCUCGCUCUUCCAGUUCCUCAAGCUCAUCUGGCUCUCCCAGCCCUAGCCGUCGCCGCCAUGACAACCGACGACACUCCCGCUCCAAAUCCAAAUCAGUUAAGAAGGAUGACAAGGAGCGCCGCAGAAGAAGCCCAAGUCCACGUCCUACUAAGGUUUACUUGGGCCGUCUGACCAGAAACGUCAUUAAAGAACACAUCCAAGAGAUCUUCUCAACCUAUGGAAAAAUCAAGAUGAUUGACAUGCCAAUGGACAGACUACACCCUCAUCUCUCCAAGGGCUAUGCCUAUGUGGAGUUUGAAACUGCAGAUGAGGCAGAAAAGGCACUCAGACACAUGGAUGGAGGUCAAAUCGAUGGCCAGGAGAUUACUGCCACAGCUGUCCUGACCCCCAGGGUGCGCCCUGCCCCCCGCAGACUCACCCCCCCACGCAGGAUGCCACCUCCACCACCCAUGUGGCGACGGACUCCACCUCGCAUGAGGCGCAGGUCACGGUCUCCACGGAGACGCUCUCCGCCCCGCCGUAGAUCCCGAUCCCGGUCACCAGGACGACGUCGCCACCGCUCUCGCUCCAGCUCCAACUCCUCACGGUAGAGGGCAGCAUGUCGCUCCCAUCUCCUCUCCUCCUAUUCAGCUUCUCUGCACCAUUUCAAAUGUGAAGUCUUCUCAUUCUGAGUCGUGUUUGUUUGUGAAUAUUACAGCCUGCUGAUGUUUGCAACCUUCUGGUAUAUGUUUAAACUACAUGUUAUUUAAAAUGUUAUGGCUACCUGUGUAAUGUAAAUACUGGGUGACUGUUAGGUUUUCAUUCCAGCAUUAUUUUACAUAAGCCACAGCCAUAUACACUGUACCUGACCUGUACUCAGUGACUGUUCCUAUCUUUGGAAAUUUUUGAUACCCAAGGCUGCUGAUAUCAUAGUCGUGCAAGUGAUUGAGUCUGAUCAGGGCAUAAAAUGCCCAGAGAUGCGUAUGAUUUUGAAUACAUUAUACGUAUGUGUUUUCAUGUUUGUGCUUCUUUCAAUAAUAUUCAAUUAAAUGAGUAGAAAUUAAGUAGAAAAGGCAAAAAUGUGGUUUAUAAACUGCCUCCUGUGAUCCAAAAAGUUGAAUUAUCUGCAUAUUGGACCAAAUAAAAAGCAAAAACUGUGCGUCA